GUGCGGAAGGAGGGGUCUCCCCUCGAGCCUUUUGUGUUGCGGACUUCCACAUCCUGCUUAUCAAUAAUUGAGGCGCGCGCCGGCGAACAGACGGAGCUUCCCCCCCUCGCGCGCUGCUAUGAGUGCUGCUGUCCGCCCGCUCGGCGCGCGACUCUCCCUCUGUGCGUUCUGGAACAGGAGCCGCUGACAGUGGAACUAUUUGGUUGUGUUUGUGGUUCGGCAUGUUGGCGCUGUGCCUGCUUAGUGCCGCCUGGCUCGCUGCUGACCCGGUUAGAGCUCAAAAUGAGACCGAGCCCAUCGUGCUGGAGGGGAAAUGUUUAGUGGUGUGCGACUCCAACCCGACUUCAGACCCGACGGGCACCGCGCUCGGCAUCUCGGUGCGCUCCGGCAGCGCGAAGGUGGCUUUCUCUGCUGUCCGGAACACCAACCACGAACCCUCUGAGAUGAGCAACCGGACCAUGGUCAUCUACUUUGACCGGGUUUUAGUAAAUGUUGGGAGGAAUUUCGAUGAGGAACGAAGUAAUUUCAUCGCACCACGGAAAGGAAUUUACAGUUUUAACUUCCACGUAGUCAAAGUCUACAACCGCCAAACAAUACAGGUGAGCUUGAUGCACAACGGCUGGCCUGUGAUUUCAGCAUUCGCUGGCGACCAGGAUGUGACGCGUGAGGCUGCCAGCAACGGAGUUCUGAUCCAGAUGGAGAAGGGAGACCGGGCUUACCUCAAACUGGAAAGAGGAAACCUGAUGGGAGGGUGGAAAUACUCCACCUUCUCUGGCUUCCUGGUGUUCCCAUUGUAGAGAGGAAGGAGAUCAGAAGGAGCAGGGGAUGGAGAGAAAGGAGGAGGCGCCGCUGGAAGAUGGAAAGUUCAGAAGAAAAGAAGGACACACGAUUUGGAAGCAGAAAAGAAUGAGAAAAGAGGAGGCUUAACAACAAACUACUGUUUGUACAGGAGGAAGAGGGGGAGAUGUUUGGGUGAUUUGAGAUCAGGUUUAAUUCUAGGGAUAAGAAAAGCUGGUGCUUAAGAGAAAAUGGCCACCGUCCUCGCUUCAGUCCCUCCUUUCAUCCAUCCCUUCAUCCAACAUAUCCUCUCUUUUUUGUGUGGCUUGACUGCAGCUUUGGACAGCCAGAACUUUUUUUUAUUAUCUGCAGAUAAUUUUAAUGUGUCAGAUUAUAAAAAAUCUCUCCUUUCCUCUUGACUCCUUCCCCAGUCAUUCAUCAACACCCUUUAUUCAUUCAUCACCUUCAACAUCAACUUUGAAGAAUGUUUCUUAAGCUGCUCCUCCAAUGCUCCUAUUUAAUGUAGCCAUAUUUGUCGCCUUUUUGUUUUCUCUUGCAUGACAAGGUUUGCUCUUGGUUUCUGAUUUGUUUUCCGAAUAAAAACUGAACUAGAAUUUUAUUUAAACUAACAGGAAACACAAACCUCCGAUCAUGUAUCCAGCCUGAGGAUAUUUCCCCUCCUUUUAGACGUAUUAUUUUUUUAAAUAUAAUUUUUGGCUGUAAUUCAACUGUUAAAGGUCAAUCAAACUCAUAACUUUAUUGUCUUUUCCUGCCAUCAGAGGGUUGUAUUAUGUUCUGGACAUCACAGAACUAAACUUUUAAAAAUUAUUUUGGUUUUAGUUUGUUACCUAAAUGUUUUGGAUCAUUCGACACAUUUUUUUGAUUAGUCAGAUGACCUAGAAAAAA